AUGUCCUCUGGCGGGCUGCCAGCCAGCUUAGUCGCGGGCAAACCGACUCCCACCAUCAACACCUCCGGCUAUGGCAACAACUUUCAAAAGAAUACACCCACGUCCCCGGAAGACAACUUGAUCCCAUUCGACUCUCCCUCUACCCGAGUGGCGGGUAAUCACAGCCCAUUGACGCCAGACGACCGCUCUCCACGGGGCCUCGAGCCCGAACCACAGCCUCUGCGCGAUCGCUCGAACGCAAGAGAUCGGUCACGAACCACUGCACGACCACACAACAAGUCCCCGGGCUCGUCCCGUCUCUGCCAAAAGUGUCAUGAGCCAUUGACGGGGCAAUUUGUGCGCGCCCUUGGUGGUACUUUUCAUCUGGAGUGUUUCAAGUGCGAGGACUGCGGGGAAAUUGUGGCAUCCAAGUUCUUCCCGGUGGACUCUGAAGAUGGAUCGUGCCAAUUUCCUCUGUGUGAAACGGAUUAUUUCCGGCGAUUGAAUUUACUCUGUCAUGACUGUGGUGGCGCCCUUCGCGGCUCCUAUAUUACGGCUCUGGACCGCAAAUAUCAUAUCGAGCAUUUCACCUGCUCCGUCUGUCCCACGGUGUUUGGGGCUCAAGACUCCUACUAUGAACACGAAGGACAAGUUUACUGCCACUUUCACUAUUCGACUCAAUUCGCCCAACGCUGCCACGGAUGUCAUACCGCUAUAUUGAAGCAGUUUGUUGAGAUCUUCCGUAACGGACAAAACCAACACUGGCACCCCGAGUGCUAUAUGAUUCACAAGUUUUGGAAUGUGCGAUUAUCCCCCACGGGCCAAACGUGGGAACCGCCCCCGGUUGACGCGGACGCAACCCCAGAAGAGCGGGAAAAUAUCCGCAAAGAGGAGGAUUUAAUGGAGGAAAAGGUCUACAAUAUCUGGAGCACUCUCUCAUCAUUUGAGGAGUCGUCAGCCGCCUGCAUUUCGGAUAUGCUUCUCCAUGUGAGCAAUGGCGCCUAUCUGAACGGAGUCAUCGUCGCAAAGCGCUUCAUCGUUCAUGUCGAGAUUCUCUUCGUGGCGGUCGAUGAAUUGGCAGGAUUUAUCAAAUCUCACGCGGUCAAGGAAUUGUCCUACGGCCGAGAGGCUAAAUUGCUUUGCAAGAAAAUCGUCGCGUUCUUUGCCUUGCUUUCCAAGACUCAAGAGACCGGAGUCCGCAAAUUGGGCGUCACUCAGGAGCUGCUCUCGUUGGUCACGGGACUAGCUCAUUAUCUGAAACUCCUGAUCCGCAUUGGUCUCCAGGGCGCCCUCAAGCUGGAGCGAGAGAAGUCAGCCUCGGACGGCCUGCAUAACUUCUUAGGUCAUCUUGCAGAUCAAGAAACGAUCAUGCUGACCGAGGAAGAGCACGCCACGGCUGAUCUGGAUGCCGGCGUUGAAGGUCUUGCCGACCAACUUUCGGACUGCUGCGCCAUGUGCCAAGAGCCCAUUGAUGAUGAGUGUAUCCGUCACGGGGAACAUCGCUGGCACAUGAAGCCCCCUCACUUGACGUGUUCGUCGUGUGAGAAGGAUCUGACUGUUGAUCUGUCGGACGCUCUCUGGAACGAGAGUCUGAACUUUGCCUAUUGCUCGGCUUGUGCGAACCAUCAUAACUUUGGUGGUGAUGUUCAAGAUGGAUUUAUUCGAGUCACCAAAUUACAGCAAUAUGUGUUCCUCCUGAGAGUGGCUCUCGCUCGACUUUUGGAAGUGCUUCGCGCUGGAGGUACACUUCCUGCAUCAAGUGAGCCUCUGGACCACGAGGAUCAUGAGGCGCAAGACGGAUUCCCUGGGCAAAGUAGCGGGCGUCAUGCGCAGGGAAAUGCUCGUAGUCGACCCGAAGAAUCCUCUCUCGAGCAGACAGUUGGGGAAAUGCGCCGCCUCCGCUCGUUGCGGAAUGAACGCACGUUGUCCACGACAUACAAGAAAGCUCGCGCAUCUCGAAUCAUCGAUGGUCCUGAAGGGCGGAGUGUCCGUCCAGGAUCCCCGGGUAAUGAUGGUGGCGAUCCACGGGGGCCCGACUUUCAGAUAGUCGAGGAGCGAGAUGCCAACGGGGACACCGUCAAAGAUCUGACCUUUGGCGCCCAAGAUGCGCUGACCCUGGAUGACAUCCCACGCAUUGUUGCAGCCGAGCAAGCCAAAGAGCAGCGACCGAACGCUUAUCGACACGCAGGUACUAAGCUGGUGGGAACGAUGGAUGGAAUGCCUACCUAUAAGCCUGGCCAUGCCCGGGAGAUGUCAAGAAAUCAGCUCGAUGCACUUGCCGAGUCGGCUGCACGCACUAAGCGUUAUUUCUCCGAGCUAACAGCGUUGGAAUACUUCAUUGUGCGUCAUGUGGCAGUUUUGUCCAUGGAACCUCUGUUGGAGGGACAGUUCACAAUGGAAGAGUUGCUUUCUCUCAUCGAGUCUAGGAAGCCCACCAUCUGGAACAUUUUCGGACGGGCUUUCAAGGAUGAGAAGAAGAAGGGCAAGAAAAAGGGAGUGUUCGGCGUGUCGCUCGAUUAUCUAGUUGAAAAAGAGGGCACCGAGUCUGGACACGGUGUUGGACCCGGUGCGUUGAGGAUCCCUGCCCUGGUGGAUGACGCCAUAUCCGCGAUGCGACAGAUGGACAUGUCAGUUGAGGGAGUGUUCCGCAAGAACGGCAAUAUUCGCAGGCUCAAAGAGCUGGCAGAAUUGAUUGAUACCAAGUACGACCAAGUGGACAUGUCCAAGGAGGGCCCCGUGCAAAUAGCAGCGCUUCUGAAGAAAUUCUUACGAGAGAUGCCUGAUCCCUUGAUGACAUUCAAACUGCACCGCCUGUUUGUUGCGUCCCAAAAAUUAUCCGAUCCUGAGAAGCAAAAGAGAGUUUUGCAUCUCGCCUGUUGUCUUUUGCCGAAAGCUCAUCGCGACACCAUGGAGGUCUUAUUUACAUUCCUCAACUGGACAUCUUCAUUCUCGCACAUUGAUGAGGAAUCCGGCAGCAAGAUGGACAUUCAUAACCUGGCGACGGUCAUGACGCCAAACAUCCUUUACCCCAAUACUAAAAACGGCACAGUAGACGAAAGUUUCUUGGCCAUCGAGGCGGUGAACUCCCUUAUCACAUACAACGAUACCAUGUGUGAGAUUCCGGAUGAUCUUCAGGCAGUUCUGAGCGAUACCACGCUGUUCAAGGAAAAUACUGAAGUGACGACGAAAGAUAUCUUAAAACGUUAUGGCGACAUUGCCAGAGGUAGCUUGUCAUCGAAACCUGAUAAUGGGUUCGACGCCUUCACGAUCAACAACCACCGUAACCAGAGCACACCGACUGCGGCACGUAUUGAGACUGAUCCGUCUCAGGACACUGCUUGGCAAAUGCAAAGCUCUGUCCGCCAUGUCGCUGGACCUGGCAAUCAUUCCCAGUCCGCGAAUGCUCAGCCUCAAGCUGGAUUUGACUUUGCGCCCCCGCCUGCGGCCUAUCACCGAGAUCGGAGCCACAGCAAUGGCAGCCAGGGCCACCAAGAUGCACAGAAUCCGCAGCAUACUCAGCAAGGUCUACCCUAUCGUCCUCGAGCUGGGCCGGGAGCCAUGGGUGUUACGGGGUAA